AAAGCGUCCACAGCAGUAACACAAAAGAACCAACCAACAAUCGACGAUGGCUUCCUCAAGAAGGAUGCUCGCUGUGGCCGCGCUGGCGGCGUUGUUCGUCGGCGCGAUGUGCGCUGCCCCCGUGGAGUUCACGGUGGAGAAGGGCUCUAACGAGAAGAACCUCGCGCUGUCGAUCAAGUACAACAAGGAGGGUGACUCGAUGGCGGAGGUGGAGCUCAAGGAGCACGGCUCCAACGAGUGGCUGGCCCUGAAGAAGAACGGUGACGGCCUGUGGGAGAUCAAGAGCGACAAGCCGCUCAAGGGGCCAUUCAACUUCCGCUUCGUGUCUGAGAAAGGGAUGAGGAAUGUGUUCGACGACGUCGUGCCCGCGGACUUCAAGGUCGGCACCACCUACAAGCCCGAGGAGUAGAGCGACCCACCAUGGAGAGUCGGUUGUCAUUGGAAGUUUUUUAUUUUCCUCGCGCAAUUUAUGUGAUUUACACCUGAGCGAUGGAUAUAUAGAAGUUAAUUAUAUGUACGGCGAGUAUGUUAUGGGUAAGUAAGUGUUUGGAACAUUUCCUCCAAUUUUUUUUAAUAUGCAAGAUCGGUUAAGUACAGAUUAUUGGA